ACGUUGUACUUAAUCGUGGCGCUCAGAUCCUAUCGGUGACAUUUCAGCACGGAACAAACAGGAACAGGAGUGGUCAUGUGACAGUCAUGAAUGGGAGUACAAAUCCGCUCUUGGACAAAGAAGAACAUGUUUUGAAGCUCGGAGAGAGCUUUGAGAAGAGGCCAAAAUCAUCAUUUCACACCAUCAGAUAUGAUUUCAAACCAGCUUCAAUUGACACCAGCUGCGAGGGAGAGUUGCAAGUCGGUAAAGGAGAGGAAGUCACCAUCACAUUACCUCACAUUCCAGUAAGAGGCUCUACACCACCCAUGACAGUAUUCAAAGGGAAUAAGCGGCCAUAUCAGAAAGACUGUGUUCUUAUCAUCAAUCAUGACACUGGGGAGUACAUGCUGGAGAAGUUGAGCAGCAGUAUCCAGGUCAAGAAAACCAGAGCGGAGGGCAGCAGUAAGAUCCAGGCCAGGAUUGAGCAACAGUCGGUGCGUGCCACUGCCACCCAGCCUCCAGCGCAGUUUCGUGCCCCCACUAAGCCUGGUGCAGGGGCCAAGACCUCCCCCUCCCCUUCCAAGGACAACCCCUCCCCUGAGCCCCAGCUAGAUGACAUCAAGAGAGAGCUACGAGCGGAGGUGGAUGUUAUUGAACAAAUGAGCAGCAGUAGCGGCAGCAGCUCAUCUGACUCGGCCAGUGGCUCUGGUAGUGGGGACGACAGCUCCACCAGUGAUGGGGAGCGUGACCCCCCUCGUCCCCAACCUGUCCCACUCCCUCUCCCCCACAUCCAGCCCUCCCCCAACCGUAACCCCAUGGUCAACGGAGGAGCAGAAAGGCAACAGGGCAGCAACCAGCUGAUGAACACGCUCAGGAAUGACCUCCAGUUGAGUGAGUCAGGCAGCGACAGUGAUGACGACUGAACUGCCCCCAGUCUCUCUCCUGCCCUCUCUUUCUACCUCUCAUUAUUACACCAUCUUGCUCUCCUCUUUCUUCUCUUUGCCUGGUUCCCUUGUUUCGUUGCUGUGGUAACCGACCCAACUUUAAAGUCUGGUUUUAUUGUAUUUUUAAUGUUUCUGUGAAGCCGGCCAACCUGGAGAUUUAAUAGUGUAUUUUUGAUUAGCUGUAUAUUUUGUUCUGUAUUUUUUAAAUCCUUUUACAUAUGAAAACAUGCUAAAGCAUAUAUAUUAGAAUGCAUGUACAUAUUUUCUGUAGUUAGAGCUCCUAGUUGUAUCAACUUGUAGCACAAGUCUGUUGUUUUCUUGUUUCAUCACAGGGCAGGGGCUUAUUAGGACAAUAUCACCCCAAUCUUCCCUAUUUAUCUGGAAAUCAAAAGGCGGCACUGAAAGCAUUUCACCCAUUCCAUGUUUUUAUCAGUAUCGUGACACUUUCAAAAUCAGUCUUUAAGAGGCCAGGAUACAGCUCACAUCGAUCUAAGCUACAGAUGAUUCAAAAGGACGUACUCAUAUUUUUUUAUGUAAAAUCAGUUUCUAAAGUUUCGAUUUACAACUUAAUAAAGGUUUUAGCUGGAAUAUUGACCUGUUCUGAUGAACAGGUUGCAUUGCUUUUAACAGCACCUUUCUGACCUAACCUUAAAAUGCAACUAACACCCAGUACUUAGAUAUUCUACUAUUUCCACAUCAAUCAUUUGACUUUCUGAUUCUCUCACUCAAUAGCUAGGUUUCCAUCCAAUUGGCGACAGAUUUUCAUGCGAAUAUUCUAAGAUCCGCAUGAAAACAAUAUGUGCACAUUCCCACCAGAGAUGAUUCCAUCAAAUUGACUUGUUGUGGAUAACAGACUGUGCGUGAUGACGUAGUGCACAUAAAAACAACUUUUGCGAUUGAAUUACCAUUAUAUACAAGUUAAAUGGAUUUCCAUCGCAUUUGCUGUUUUUUUUAAAGAAAUGUUGCGUUAUAUUGCGAAUCUCUGCACGUGCGCUCUAGCCAACAGUUUGCAGGUAGGCUAGUCUACAUGAGAUUAUUACGGAUAAGAGCGUGAUUGUUUGUAUUUGUCAAACGGCAGCCAAGCAUCGAUCAUCAUGUCACCAGAAUUAGACCCUCGAUAUUUAUUGGAAAUGCGCAUCAAGCUCAACACCGUGCACUUUCACCACCCUGUGAAGUUUAUCAUCAUUUAUUUCAUAUAGCCUAUUGUGUGGGAGUACCACACAAUAUCACACGACUCCAAAUGUACUUCUGUAUGACAGUUAUUACAACAAUAUUUGCACAUAAAUGCGUUUCCACCGCUAUGUCUCGCAUAAUUCAUUUUAUAGACACAAAAAGAUCCCACCUUGUCUUGCGUAUUUAGUUUUGUCGAAAUUUGGAAAGUUUACCGGCAAAUGUGCUGUUUCCAUCAGGCCUGUCAUGGCAUUUUUUUUUAUCCGCCAUGUACUUUACUCGACUAAAAAGGUUGGAUGGAAACCUGGUUACUGGCCCAACCAUAUAUCACUGUCCAAAGUUCCCAACCAUAUAUCACUGGGCUAGUUUCAGACCAGUGUAGACAUUUUUAGAAGUACCAAAGAAGCAAAACAAGUAGUUUUUAGAAUACAGCCACUGAAUAUCUAUUUUUACUUAGAUUCAAGUCUAUUUUCAUUAGACGGAGUUACUCUUAAAAUGUGACAGCUGCUAUAGCACUUGUUUUUUUAUUAGUUCCAUAGAUUGAACAGAUUUGGAGUGAUAGCAGUCACAUUGGAUCACAUCUUUUAAUUUAGCAACUGUUGUGACAGUGAUCAAUAGCCUUCUAGAAUCUGCGCAGAUUAUUAUAGCCGUUGUGAAGAUCACCACAAACCUGCGGUGUUUGCAUGCUAUCUUGAAACAUGCACGCUUUCUAUUAUUCUAGAAGACAUUUAUAGUUACAGUAGCCUAACCUCACAAUGUGGCCAUGGAUGUGUUACUCAUUUUAAGGUUUGAAAAAUACCUUUACAUUAGUUAGUAAAAUAGCCUUAACUUUAUGCUAUUUACUGUAUUCCAAAAGUCAACCAAAUAUCAACAUUUUAAAGGAGAUGUAUCUAAUGCUUGGAUGGUUUCAUCUGAGCCACUGGCUUAAUCCUAUUCUUUAACUUUUAUUUUUGGUUUAGUUGGAGACGUGAAUCCAACAUAUAAUUUGUUAAUUUGUCGUCAAGUUAGGCUAUUUACCUUUUUGCAAAAAUGAUAUUGAAUUGUGUUUGGUUGUCAACACAACCAAAUAUCAACAUGUGAAGGAGACUUAGUUUGGCUUUAAUUCCAGUAUGUCUACAUGAAUUUAUGUCAACCAAGAAUCAAAAUGAAAGAAUAUGACUAAAUCAAAUCAAAGUUUAAGUGCAUUUAAAGUUAGAUGUGACUUAGUCCUAUUCUUUAACUUGGAUUUUUGGUUGAGAUGGAGACAUGAAUUCAACAUAUCAAUUAUUCAUUUGUAGACAAACUGGAAUUAAAGCCAAACUAAGUCUGUGGCACAGAUGAAAGUGGCAUCUCCUUCAAAUGUUGAUAUUUGGUUGCGUUGAGAACCAAAUACAAUUCAAUAACCAGUUUGUCUACAACUGAAUAAUUGAUAUGUUGGAUUUGCAUCUCCAUCUCAACCAAAAAUCUAAGUUAAAGAAUAGUGCUAAAUCUAGUCAAACUUUAAAUGCACUUUACGUAAACUUUUAUUUGAUUUAGUCCUAUUCGAUCUAGUCCUAUUCUUGUCAGUGACAAAUAUCAAAGCUAAGCAGGAAUGGGCUUGGUUAAAACCCUGGAUGGGAGACCAAAUGAAUAGCUGUAUAUAGAUCAACUCUCCAACAGAAGGUGCUGCUGAGCCUAUUGUUUUUUUUUCUGAUAGUGGAUAUGUCGUUGAAGAUCUGACGUUGUUUCAAAGGUACAAAUUCAACAUAUUUUACACAAGGGUUGUCUUUGUUGAAAAGUGGUUACAACGAUGACAUAAUCCUGUGGUUGAAAUUUCACCCUCAAAACAAUAGUUUUUUCAAAUCCAGUAUAUUUUCCACAUAGAUUCCAUGUUACAAUACAUUGACAAAUUUACGUUGAAACAACGUUGAUUCAACCAGUUUGUGCCCAGUGGGAUGUGUGUUCAUAAGGUGCUUAAAUGGUAUUUAACUGGUGCUGUUGUGUGUCUGGGACAUGGGUAUACAGCGAUGGGUAUACAAAUGUAAUAGAAUGUUUUGUUUUCACAGCAGUUUGGAUCCAUGAACUUGGAUGGCUAAUGCUAUUUCCAAUUUGUCUCUCUCUGGCAUCCAGUGUUAUUUCUGACCCAUACUGUUACUGUCCCAGUACAACCUCUCUUGCCACAUUUAUCAAAGUGGGUGACUUCUUGCUUCUAUCUCUAGUUUUUUGUGAUUUGAGGUUUAUUAAAGUGUGCACAUGUAUUUAAAUUGGAAUUAACUUUUUAUCCGUCAACCAAAAUAAAGGAAGAAAACAGUCAGA